UGUGUCACCAACACCAAACCUGUAAAUCUUCAUGAACCCCGCCUUAUUUAGUUCAAGUCUCUUUACAUCUUUCUUUUCCUUUACCAGUGGAGCUACCCCACCCAUCUAUCUUUGCAUGCUUUCACAAAUUUUAUCUCUACAAAUUAAUGCAGCCAUUUUCACAUGACCUCAGCACCUUCUCAUGGCUCCUCCAUGGGUUCAAGAGCUCCAUCUCCAUCACUUGACCAUUCCUGUAACCAUUGAUAAAAUGUUCUCUGUCAUGCCAUCAAGGCCUAUUCCUGUUAAACCAGGUGACAGCUUAUACCUUUCCAACCUCGAUGACAUGAUUGGAGCUCGUGUUUUCACACCUACUGUCUACUUCUACCAAUCAGACAACAACAACACGAGUUCCUCUUCCUCUUUCUCUUGCUCCCAAAAAGCUGUCACAGAAAUACUACAAUGUGCUCUCGCUGAUGUUUUAGUGCCUUAUUACCCUCUAUCAGGGAGGCUCAGAGAGACCAAGAAUGGUAAGCUAGAAGUGUUCUUUGGACCAGAACAAGGAGCACUCAUUGUUGAGGCAAAAUCAGAUAUUGCCUUGGCCGAAUUAGGAGACCUCACAGCUCCAAACCCUGCUUGGGAGCCUUUGAUCUUCAAGUUCCCCAAUGAGGAACAGUACAAAGUCCUUGAAAUGCCACUGGUGAUUGCUCAGGUUACCCUUUUCAGCUGUGGUGGAUUCAGCCUCGGUUUGAGGCUUUGCCAUUGCAUCUGUGAUGGCCUAGGAGCUAUGCAGUUCCUAGGAGCAUGGGCUGCAACUGCAAGAAAAGGGUCUCUGGUCACAGACCCUGAGCCAUGCUGGGACAGGGAAAUUUUCAGGCCACGUGAUCCACCUGUGGUGAAAUUCCCCCACAUGGAGUUCAUGAGAAUUGAAGAGGGCUCCAACCUCACCAUGACACUGUGGCAGACCAAGCCUGUUCAGAAGUGUUACAGGAUCAAGCGCGAGUUCCAGAACCGCGUGAAGGCCCUCGCUCAGCCGUAUGAUGCUGCAGGCUGCACCACUUUUGAUGCAAUGGCAGCACACAUUUGGAGAUCAUGGGUGAAGGCCCUUGAUGUGAGGCCACUAGAUUACCAACUCAGGCUAACGUUUUCAGUCAAUGCUAGACAGAAGCUUAGGAACCCUCCACUGAGAGAAGGGUUCUAUGGCAAUGUGGUGUGUGUUGCAUGCACAAAAAGCAGUGUCUCUGAGCUUGUGCAUGGGAAGCUCCCAGAGACCACACGUUUGGUUCGUGAGGCAAGGCAGAGUGUCUCAGAGGAGUAUUUGAGGUCCACUGUGGAUUUUGUUGAAGUGGAUAGGCCAAGGCAACUUGAGUUUGGUGGAAAACUAACAAUAACUCAAUGGACUAGGUUCUCCAUAUACAAGUGUGCUGAUUUUGGGUGGGGUAGGCCACUCUAUGCUGGUCCUAUAGAUUUAACACCAACACCUCAAGUUUGUGUGUUUCUGCCUGAAGGGGAGGCUGAUUAUGGUGGUGGUGGUUCCAUGAUUGUGUGCAUAUGCUUGCCUGAGUCUGCAGCACUGAAGUUCACACAAGCCUUGUUGCUAGAUUCACUUUUUUGACACAAACGUUUGCCUUGGCCUAAUUCAACUCAUCACACCAUGUGUUCCUGCUGGAUUUAGUUCAUAUGCUGUUAAUAAAACGUUAAUGUUGGUGCAUUUUGAGAUAAUUAAUUCUAUAUUUGCAUGUAUUUGAUCA